AUGAUACGCGACGCAGCACUGGAGAACAAAUUUCGAAAGCUGCCCAAUCCAACGUCGCCCAGAAACGACAACCUGGUGCACAACCGGUCGUCAAAGGAGCUGACGAUGGAUCAGAUGCAGGUUUUAAGGCACGAAGCUUCAUUCAACACGACUGACGCCAAACCUGUUGACAUGAUUGCAGCAGUGGAAUAAAUCCUUAGUCAGACGGAGGCAACGGAGGAGACCAAGAGCCUCAUCCGACACCAAGUGUCGUCUCUCCUGAUGGCCCACAGGCCGCGGGAAGUGCUUUCCAAGGUCGAACGCGAUGCGCUUAGAGAACUCAAGGCCGACAAAGACUUGGUCAUCGUGCCAGCGGACAAGGGGCGCUCCACGGUUGUGCUGGACAGGACAGACUACCUUCAAAAAGCCAAAGGUUUACUGGAGGACCGACAGUUCUAUGUCCCAUGUGCAACAAACCCUUUAAAAGCGCUGACACGCGAAAUUAAUGCUACGUUGUUGGCCUUGGAGAACUCAGGUGCAAUAACACCGACCGACAGACGCAUGGCGAGACCCAAGAUACGGCUUUGGCCCGAUUCUAUGGCCUCCCUAAGGUGCACAAAGACGGCGCUCCUCUCCGACCCAUCGUGUCGCUCAAAGGUACUCCAACGUACGGACUGGCUAAGUGGCUGUUCCGGCGUCUCAAGUUCCUGACCGCUGAGUCAGACACCACGGUCUCUUCGUCAGCGGAAUUCCUGGAGAAACUCAAAGGGGUAAGCCUCCAUCCAAAUGAGGUCAUGGUAUCUUUUGACGUUACAUCCCUUUUUACUUCUAUUCCCCAGGACCUGGCGAUCGGGACAAUUGAGCUGCUACUACAAAGCAAAUAUGAUGAAACGGAGAACCGUCUUGGACACGCCCAAAUCCUUCAGCUCCUGAAGCUCUGUCUCAGGACGUACUUCACGUUCAACGGGAUAAUCUACGAACGGGUGAAGGGCACACCAAUGGGUUCGCCGAUUUCGGGAUUCAUCGCCGAGGCGGUCCUGCAACGGUUAGAAUCGCUGGUCUUCCAACACCACAGACCGAAAUUUUGGGCCCGGUAUGUGGAUGACACCUUCGUCGUCAUCGAACGGGAUCAGGUGUUGACAUUCCAAGAACAUCUCAACGUCGUCUUCCCGAACAUUCAAUUUGCGAUAGAGGAGGAAGAGAACAACCAGCUGGCCUUCCUGGAUGUUCUCGUAUGCCGCAAAGAUUGUGGUGAACUAAAAACCAAUGUGUUCAGGAAAGCUACAAAUACGAUGCAAGUACUGAACUUCAACAGUAACCACCCAAUCAGCCACAAACGCAGUUGUGUAAGGACGCUCUAUCGGCGGGUCGAAACGCACUACAGUGAGCCGGAAGACAAAGUUGCCGAACUACAAUACCUCCGACGGGUCUUCAUAGCCAAUGGCUACCCGCGCAACUUUGUCGACCGGUGCAUACACAAAAUGGACGAAAGGCCUAACCGCACGGACACCAUAGUUUGGCGUGCGCUUCCAUAUGUCAAGAACGUUUCGAAAGUUGUUGGCCGCCUUCUCGCACCACUUGGGGUUGGAUUUGCACACAGGCCGGAGGCAACCAUCAGGCGUCAGUUGAUGAAGCCAAAAGACCCACUGCCACGGCAAGAAACGUCUGGAGUCGUUUAUCGGAUCUGGUGCAGUUGUGAACAAAGCAACUACGUCGGAGAAACCGGAAGACAGCUCCGAACGCGAAUGGCCGAACACGCUGCAACAGUGCGGAGAAAUGACGCCAGCUCUCAAGUUGCGGCUCAUUCGACAGGUUCCGGCCACACAUUCAAAUUUGACGAGGCCGAAAUUCUCGCAAGAGGUGACAACCGCGUGAGCCGGGAGCUGCUUGAGUCAUGGCUUACUGGCCCCCAGUCUAUUAACAAGUGCAAUGAUCUUCCCAUUCAAUACAGCGUGCUGAGACUUCGUCUAAGCGGAGUAAUUGGCCAUGCGGGGAGCGCACUGUUGAACACUCUUCCCAACACCCGGGUCAACGCGUCAGAUGGUCGAGCAAUCAUCUCACCAACAUCCAACGCACGUGAUGAAAUCGCAGCAAUUAACGACGCGAAUAUCUGCCAUCAGGCCACGGACAAAGAACCCUGA